UUUUUUGUUGAGUGCUGUAACACGUUAUUGUCUCCUGUAUUCUUGUUGAAAAACUGAAACUAAACCCAAUACGCAAUCUCUCUCAGGCUACUGUAACGCUUCAAAUGAAUGUUUUGGAGCAUGGCUGACUGACAGAUGAUCUUAAAGCUUCACGUUCCCAUAGCAAUCACCUGUUUCACCCCACCCCCACGCGCGUGCACCACCUGCCCAGAAGAUCAGCAUCAACAACGGCAUUUAUUAUUUAAAACGCUCAAGAAGAUGAUCCUGUGCCACGGACUUGAGAUGCAAGAAACUUUGGACCUUGGUAAUAGGAUGUUAUGUCAUUCAUCAAAACGGCGUGCGUAAAACUCCUGUCUGAUCCCUAGAAUCACAGGGCAAAUAUAAAGCAGGCAUCAACAAAAAUGAGUAGAGACGCAAGCCAGACGCGCACGAGCUCACGGAGCGGGUUUGAUGGGACGCCUACUGGAGACGCGGACGGUGAGGAUGACGCUCGCAGCAGACCUUCAUCUGUGCUGUGGGAGAAACGCAUCGAGCAGAGUAUAUUUGUGGAUAUUAGUGAUGAUGACAGCCUGCAUUUCAGUGAUUUGCAAGACGCCUUUACUGUUCAUCUCUCGCAGGGAUCAGGUGCACCCGGAAGCCCACAAUUUACAGAUGUGUCCUGUGAGACUGAAAAGGGCUCCACAGAGAGUACAGAAUCGAUCAGCAGUGAGUGUGUAGAGCAUAUUAACAAGUCCAGAAAGACCCCAAUGCACAGAUCUGCAGUAAAGGCAGUUGUUGAAAGACACGAGGAUGAUGCAAUCAACACCAGCGAUGAAGAACACGAGGAGCUCCCGUACGACGGUGCACACACCAGUGACAAAACAGGCCACGACGUCCAUGCAACCUAUUCAAAUGGCUCUGAAAUAUUUGCUGUAAUGUCUGUUAAAGAAACAUCCAAUCACAAAGCAACAAAACCUGCGGCUCCUCCCGUAGCCGUGAGCCACAUCUCUGACGUCCUGCUCAGACACUUCACCCAGGAGGAGCUUCUUAACUCAAGCAGGAUGAUUGAAGCAGAGACCCUACCAGAAAUCUCUCUGAUGGACAGCGCGGAUGAAACAGUGUUGAGUCGAGUAGUUUCUCGUGCUCCACGGAUCAACUCAGAAGAGAGGGAAACGAUUCAGAACAAAAUACAGGAACCUAAUUCCACAACAGCUAAAAGUGAUGGAUUGCUUGAUGUUACUGUUUCAGAAGAAGAUAUGGAAGAAGCAGCAAACAACUGCAGCGAUACAAACGUUUCAAAUGUGUCUAACUCAUCUAAUAAGCCCGAAAAUAUGUUUAUUGAGGAUACGGCUUCCAGUCGAGGCAGUGAUGUGGUGUCCGCUGGUGACGAUGUUUCUCCGAAGCAGAGCUUCAGUGCCAGCUCUCUAGAUCUGUCUAAAGCAGACGUACCCAAAGUCUCCUUCAGCAGGACCCGGUCCUUCAGUGAGAUGAAAUAUGGACAGGGACAGGUGCAUUACCCCUUACCUGACUUCUCUAAAGUGGCACCUAAAGUCAAAAUACCUAAAGGUAACGGAACCGUUAAACCCAUCAGUCACAGUCAGUCACCAGCUUUAGCACGAGUCCAGUCCUCCCCGGUAAUUCUGGGUAAAAACACCUCCUCAGCCACAGCUGAUGUCAUCAGCAGGGUUUUAGAGGACUCCCACGUUGUGUUCUCGGAUAAGGAAGAACAAUCUGGACUAGCACAUCAAUUACAGGCUGAGUAUGACAGGUUACUCGCUAAAUACACAGACACAGAAAAUCUUAUUGGUCAGCAGAUUCAUGCUUCCAGUGAGCCUUCUGUGUCUAUUAGCUGGAGUGAGACAACUACAAACAAUGACAACAUCACCAAACUGACAGCAAAGACCCCACAAGCACCAACUGCAGGUUCAGGUGAGGAGCAGUGCUGUCUGGUGCAGAACUCUCUACCUGUACAGACAGAACCACAGACACUGACAGACGGGGAAAGACUGACCUCUGACCUCAGAGAAAUCAUCAGCUCAUUUGUGCAGAAGGUGGAUGAAUUCAAAACAUGUGUCAACACCAUGUCAAUGAAUGUGCAAGAGCAACAGAUGAUGCUGAAAAGCAUGAUGGAGGCCCAGGACCAGUUGGAGAGGAAUUACCUCACAAAAAGGGAGGAGCAUCGUGCUCUUGAAAUGCAAAACUACAUGGGACUGGCCAGAAACACAGGAGAGUUUGAUCCUGACAGGGAGGUGGAGGGGCAGAUUUUCAGGAUAGGUAUGCACCUGGAGGACAUAAAAGAACAGAUCGACAGAAAUGUCUGCCAUCUUUUCAAUCCUCCUCCAUCAUCACCCACUCCCUCUCCUCCACCUUGUAAAGAUACCUCUCUCGCAUCACCCCAUUCAUCACUGCAUGAGGAAUCACUCUUCUGCAUCUCCACCAUGAGAGAAAACAUGGAGAAUGAAGAAGAGGAGGAUUUUGAAGUGGGUGACGAAGAUAUCCGAGCCGAAAGCAGCUUCAUUUUACAGUGUUCCACCUUCACCACUCCAACACCUGGAACUGCCAAUGAAGAAGACAACCUGACGGCAACAGGAGAAGAAGACUUCUAUGAGGACGUUCUGACACAAGGGUCCACUCCAGCUGCUUUAAAGCAAAAGCUGACAUAUGACAGAUGUGAGGAGAAGACUAGACCAGGUGAAGGCUCCCUCUCAAGUGUAGGAAUUCAUUAUACAGGACCCUCUGCUGAGAACUCUCCUGAACCAACCAGAGACAAAACACAGAGAUUUGUGAGACCAGAAAUUGACAGUGGCUUUGGCAGUUCUGAUAUAAGCCGGCCAACCACAGGACUCUCCCACACAUCCCCUAAUGCUUUAAGUUCUUCUGCAUUAUCUGAUGAUGUCAUCAGCGUGGCGAGUAUAAGUGGUUCUGACAGCGAUGCCUCAUAUUCCAAUGAACGAACAACUAUAUCUAUAGCAACACGGCCUGUACAGCCUACAGUGAACAACAUGGAUUAUGAAGAGUUGGACACAACCGAGUUGGCCCAGAAUGCACCAUUAAAAGUUAAUAAAGUGGAAAAAGCAUCAAUAGGUGGUGCCGUGUCCAUUCAUGAGAACAUGAUUGAGGGAGGAGGACCCGUUCACCUGGGAAAGAACAAUGCUGCAUAUGAGACACCAAACAGAGACAGACAUUCAUCAUCACACUGUUCAUGUCACAAUAGUGAGGUUAUCCUUGCACUGCAGUACGAGGUGUCCCACCUCAAGAGGGCGCUAGAGGAGAGUCUUAGUCACCUACCUCAUAUGAGCAGGCGGGCCGAUUACGUGACCGGCAGGUCUCAUUCAGAGAGAAGGCACAGAGCACAAACCCGUGGCUCCAACAGCAGACUUGUGAAGACAGACACAAGCCUUCAGAGGACUGAGGACUGGAUCUCUUCUGAUAUGGAGCCCAGUAUCAGUAAAGUCACAGAAGGUGACGAUUCAGACCAUACAUUGAGUUUCCAGAGAGCCUUCAGUCCAUCUCAUGAACAAACACACGGCCGUCUCAGCUCUCUCUCUGACAGAAGAUCAUGUGACACCAGAUCCCCAUCCAAGGCCUCAGUACAAAGCACAUCUCAGUUCGACCCGUCCAGAAGUCAUCAGAGGGAGAGCACUGGGCUGUCCAUCCACAACAAAAGUGCAGAAACAAGGUCAACCUACAAAAGUGUCACCCAUAGACAAGCAAUGGGAAACCUGGGGAAUAUCUUUAUAAACAGCAAAAAAUCUGCCUCAUGUUUUACUGCUCAUACUUCCCAUAAGCCUCUGCUGCAGGUAAACUAUGGAUCCUCCUGCAGUCUACCUGCUGGGUUUAAAGUUCGGGAUCAGGAGUCAGAACCGCCGGUGUCCAGCAGGAGGCGCUCUGCUCAAUCUGACUCAGCACUGCUGCCCAGUAAUGUCUUUUUUCAGCGAACGUCGCGAACCCCUGGAAGGAGACAUUACACCAGGGAGGAAUCAAUCCAUAAGACUUUGGACAAGGCCUUGCAGGCGGCUUUUCUAAUGAAGCAGACAACAGACAGGAUGGCUGACGCGCUCUCUGGUGACCUGGCCAAAGCUCAGCUCCAGAAAAAGUUUUAUGGCAUACAUCCUCUAAGAAGCAGAACAAGAAACUGUGAUUUCCUCUCUACCUGCAGUUCUCAAGCAAACUGAAAAUUAUAACAGAAAAAACAAAAUCUCCAUCUUCUCUUCUCUGUGGAAGUUUAACACAAGUUAACUGUCUGCGAUAUUCACAGUGAAUGACAGGACAGAAUUAAACCUCCUAAUGUAGCCAACAGAAUCCAAUACUAUUGCAACAAUCAUUACUUGAAUUGUUCUCUAUAUCAGCAGCAGGUUUCAGCCGCAGUAAUCUACAGCAUAUUAUCUGAAAGGAUUUUUUAUUGAAAUUCCGAGAUAUCGCCUCUGUUUUGUAAGGAUAUCCCUGUUUUUCCUCCAAGCUGAAUGUUUCAUUUGACACUUCAGCUGGGAAUCAUAGACAAAAACAACAAAAGUCAAUUUUCGGUCAUUGUUGGUGUGUGUGUGUGUGUGUGUGUGUGUGUGUGUGUGUGUGUGUGUGUGUGUGUGUGUGUGUGUGUGUGUGUGUGUGUGUGUGUGCGUGUGUGUGCGUGUGUAUGUGUGCGUGUGCUAAGCUUCUGGUCAUUGCUGGUUUUGUUAGUGUAGGGCAGCUUUGUGCUCUUUUGAUGGUGUAGAAUAUAUUACUUGUUUUCCCCCUUAAGUAUAAUCUAAAAUGUAACUAAGCAUUGUUAUGUGUCUAGCUAGCACGUUAAAAGAACACGCACUCUAUAAAUUGUGACUGUAAUGAUAAUGCAACAAAAUUAUAUUAAGACUAUAAGUCAUUGUUAUACAUGAUAUUUUCAUCAUUUACAUCAUUUAGAUUUAAAAA